CCGGAAACACAAGUACACGGACAGGCCUCGCGGCGGCGGCAGCGGCAUCAGCUCCCAGGCCGGGUGAGGAGUGUGGGUCAUGCAAGGAUGGAAUGAGGUGCCUGUAGAAGUGGUGGAUGCAAGUUUGAUUGCAACAUUUUGGAAAAGUUUGGGUACCAAGAUGGUGUGCAUUGCUGUAUGAGGGUGGGAGUCUGCCGAGGAGCUUGAGCCUGGCAAGGUGGUUGCUGUCCAAUCGGCCAGAACCCUGGACCAUGUCGGACGUCAUUCUGAACCUGGACUUCACCCGUGGGCCGGGCCCGAGGCAGCACACAGGGCACAGUCUCAAACACCGGCGCUUCCUGCAGCGGCGGGCGUACCUGGAGAGGAAAGGAUACCUGCACAGGAAGCAGGCAAAGCCAGUGAGCAGCCACAACUCUGUCACUCACUCUGGCCUGGGGCACAGGCCCCAGCCCAAGCUCACUCCCCAACCUUACCUCAAAACCCCUACACCAGGACAGAAGCCCACGCAUCCUUCGGAGAGGAGCCUGCUACUCAGUGAGUGUCAGAGUGGCUUCCUGUCUUUCCAGCGUAACUCAGGGGGCGGCCACAAAGGUUCCUCCUCCUUUUCCUCUUCCUCCUCCUCGUCCGCACCCCGCCCCUCGUCCCUCGCCAAGCCCAACAAGUGCGUGGCCCUGGAUUGUGAGAUGGUGGGCACAGGGCAAGGGGGAAAGAAGAGUGAGCUUGCCCGCUGCAGCGUGAUCGGUUACGACGGAGACCUAGUCUACGACAAGUACAUCCUCCCGCCCAACCCCAUCACUGACUACCGCACGCGCUGGAGCGGCAUCCGGCGACAGCACAUGAAGAACGCUACACCCUUCAAACUGGCGCAGAAAGAGAUACUGAAGGUCUUGUAUGGGAAGAUUGUCAUCGGCCAUGCUGUCCACAACGACUUCAAGGCACUCAACUACUUCCACCCUCAGUCGCUCACCCGGGACACCUCAAAGAUCCCCCUCUUGAACCGAAAAGCUGGCUUCCCUGAGAAGGAUUCUGUGUCGUUGAAGAAACUCACAAAGCAGCUGCUUCACCGGGACAUCCAGGUGGGCAAGAAGGGUCACUCAUCUGUGGAAGAUGCUCGAGCCACGAUGGAGCUAUACAAACUGGUGGAGGCGCAGCUGGAGUCAGAGGGGGCCACUCAGACAGAGGAGAAAUAGCCGGCGUCCUGGGAGAGGGUGUGGUGAGCAGCAGCUGCCUGCCUGUGGGAAAGACAGUAUUCACCACACCUCCCGCCCUCCCCCACCUCACCAGACCAGGACAGAGUCAGAGGUGCAACUUUGGGACCCUUUUCCGAAGACUAAA